AUGACUCCCGAAGGCUUUGAAUCAAGUUCCUUAACUGUGGACUUAACUACGGCGGUGGAAGCCGAUGGUACGGGCCCUUCCAGGUAUUCUUCUCUCACAACAGAGGACCUAAUCCGGAAAACGGUCAGUCAACAGAGGGGUACGUCUCUAGUCUCGACUGUACCUGUUCUACUAACCCUGAAGCGUCACGAACGAACAGCUCUGCGCAAGCAGUUCUCAACGGCCCUACCGAUGGGCGCUCGAUCAACGACAAUCUCGGCUGAUAUGGCUGAUAUAGAACGCCAACUCGGCGUGAGGUCUGUGGUCACAUUGGCGACAGGGAACUGCCCUGCUAUGGCGAUAACUCAGGCGGUUGCGGAUGCUAAGCUGGAAGCACCGGACCGGGCACUGAUGAUGGUAACAGCCAGUAUUGAACGUGGUAUUAAGUAUACAGGACUGUAA